UUGGCCCAGGAAACCGCAAUGGAUCAGGAUGAGGGGUUAAUGGCCGUGGACAAUAUUGUCACGCAGUUCAACACUUAUGAAGAUUUCCUCGACUCUCAGAUCACUACCGUGGACUUGUACUACCUGGAGGAUGAAAGCCUGGCCCGCCAGCUGGUGGAGCUCGGCUACCGAGGAACUGGAGAGAUAGUGAAAAGGAGAGAUUUUGAAGCAAGGAAGGCAGCUAUAGAGAUUGCAAGACUGGCCGAAAGAACUCAGAAAAAAACACUAACAAGUUCUGGAAAAGACCUGAAAGAUAAUUUUUUGAAGGCCCUGGCAGCAAGAGAAGAAGACAAUCGCAAUGGGAAAGUGAGCUCUGUGAUCUUCAUUCGUGACAAAAAUUCUCAUGGGCAAGAAAUAUCAGGAUAUAUCGACUACGCCCACAGACUCAAGACUGAAGAUUUUGAAGUCUACUUUACUGGGAAAAGAAAACUUCUUCCAAAGCCCACAGAUCUGAGCUUUUACAACUGGGAGAGUCAUAUUGCUGUUUGUAACUCAAGUCCCAAUUAUCAAGUGAUUGCUGACAAUCCAGAAGGUUUACUUUUCAAAUAUAAAAGAGACAGAAAAAUUCUCAACGUAGACCCAAAGGCUCCACCAGGUGACAACUCCACCAGAAUCCCCAUUCAGACAGAACUCUACAUACAAGCUAUCAUUUUUGACCACAUUUCCAGAAGGAAGACUUAAGCACCAACUUCUUAGGUGGUUUCCUUAUUGUUUGAUAAAUUUAAAUUGAUUCUGUAGUCAGAAGCAAAUUAGAAUCAUAUAAAUGAGUCCUGGCCCUGGAAAACAAUUUAGAAUAAAAGUUAAUAUAGAAUUUAGAAAGAAAACUGUAAUCUUGCCUGUCUUUAUAUUGUACAGAUAGUCUCUUGAUGUGAUGUGGGGUUUUUCUUUUUCUUUCUUUUUUUCCCUCAUGAACACUGAGGCUGAUUGCAACAGUUCAUGGAAGAGACUCUUGUUGCCACUUCAAAGAUACAUUAAUUGGUGACAUAUUGUGUAGCUCAAAUUUUCCAAAACAAAAAUGUUCCAGGUCCCAUUAUUGCCAAAUCUAGUGGACCAAGCAUGAUGCCAUGUGGCACUGCUAGUGGUACUGUCUCCCAAAAUCAAUGGAUAUUGAUAGGGAUUUCAAGUAGUAGGAUGGGCAUAGGGAAUACUGCACUAAUACAGGUGAUGAAUGAGCAAAUAAAAUCUGAAAUAUUUCAUGACAUGAUCAUAAAAUGAAUGAAAGUGGUUAAUAUGUUUAGAUGCCUGGAUAACAUGAAUCCCAUGACAAUGAAGCUGAGGAAAUGAAAUCUAAAGGAAACUGGAGGAUUUUAGAGAAAUGACCUCACCAUAUUGGAAAUGAACAUGUUUUCUUAGUGUGGUCUUCAGGUAGCUUUUGUGCAGAAAAGAUAUUAUGCAGAGAACACUUUUGUUUAAAAUUAAUUUUUGAUCUUUUUCCCAUUCAGUUCUCUUCCAUUUCUGAACAACUUAUUACUGAGGCAAUUAGAUGGGGCUAAGCAAAGCAGGAGUCUGCUCGGUGUGUGGUGAUGGGAGAGUCCCGUGCAAAGUGUCAGUUCAAAUGAGUUGAGAAGGGUAUGUCCAUCAGGGAAGUCAUGGAAUGGCACAAGGUGUCAGAUCCCCAGCAGGGUGAGUAGAGUGCAUAUAAAUUGGAAUCACAUGUGUUGAUGUGAUCCCAUAGUUUUCAAUAUAUACAAAAGAUUGUGUGUGUGUGUGUGUGUAUGCCUCACCUGCAUGCUGUCCUGUCUACUGAGAGAGCCCAGCAGCAGUAACACCCCAGCAUCAGUGAGCACACUAGUGCUCAGAUCUUAGUUUAUCAGCAGCAUUUUCCAUCAAAAAUAAGCAGGGAUCCUGGGGAAAACAACUGAUUCCAGGUUCAUGGAAGGAAAAAUCCAAGAGUCUGGAAUAGACUUUGCCAAAAAGCAAAGAAGUAUUCAUCAAAUGAGAAAGAUUUAUCAAAAGGACGCAUAACCAAGUUUGGAGAAGCUCCCGAUGGCAAAAUCAGGGACAGUGGGCAUCAAAGCAACAAUAGUAGCAGGAAUCAAACAGGAAUCCAGAGUCCAUACUGAUGCACACACAUGAAUAAAUAGAAUGUUGAUGAGGAAGAGGAUAUUUACAUAGUAUCUUUCCACAAAACACUUAUUGAUUAUAAAGGGAUCAAGAGAAAUGGCUGGCAAACACCAGCAAGUGAUCAAGGACAAUAUUGUCAGUAAUGAGGCAAACUGAAUUUGUGCUCUACCAAAUAAGAUUUAUGUGUGAAUCAAGAUUGGUCAAAUAUCACAUCUUAAUUGGAUUAGCAAGACUUCUCUCAUGCGAAGGAGAAACACAGCAAAGUUGUAUAAGUCUGUGAAUAUAAUCAAAUAAAAUCAGACAAACCCAAAUCCAGGGACAUUAUACAAAAUAAUGGCCUGUAAUCUUUAAAAGUGUCAAAAUGGUGAAAGUGAAAGACUGAGAGAUCAUCUACACCAAAGAAUAGAGACAUGAUAACCAAU